UGCAGCCCUUAACAUUGACGCACGGCAGGCCAUCUGCAACGUCUGAGCGCUCGUCUCAGAACCGAGAGAUGCCAUUUCCGCCGGCGCAUCUCGCGGCGCCCCGUCCGGCCGAUGGCCUUUGCUAGCUGUGCCUGCUUGACCAGCCGCCCGGCCUGCUUAUAAAAGCCACACGACCCACACCGCGUCAGCCGGGCACUUCAGUUCGUUCCUUCUCCACCCCAGUAAAGUUCGGACGAAAGGGGAGGAGGAUCAUGACGAAGAGCAGGCGUUGCAUGGCGCUACUGUUGCUCGUUGGCAUGGCUGCUCCAGCGGUUUUGGCCGUCACCGACGGGCUAUUGCCCAAUGGGAGAUUCUCCCAGGGGCCGGACAAGUCCCAGAUGAACGGCACGGUAGUGACGGGGAAACACGCGAUGCCGAACUGGGAGCUCUCGGGGUUCGUGGAGUACAUCGAGUCCGGGCACAAGGAGGCAGACAUGCUGCUAGCAGUCCCGGUGGGCGCCAACGCCGUGCGGCUGGGAAACGACGCCACCAUCCGGCAGCAGCUCAGCGUCACCCGCAAGGCCUACUACUCCAUCACGUUCGUGGCGGCGCGGUCGUGCGCCCAGGCGGAGAAGCUCAACGUGUCCGUCGACCCGGAGUUCGGCGUGCUCCCGAUCCAGACCGUGUACACCAGCACCGGCUGGGACUCCUACUCCUGGGCCUUCAAGGCCAGGCGCAGCACCGUGACGCUGUCCAUCCACAACACCGGCAUCGAAGAGGAUCCUGCCUGCGGCCCCCUAAUCAUUGCCGUCGCCAUCAAGGCCCUCGCUCUUCCCCAGCGCAUCAAAGGCAACAUGUUGAGGAAUGGGGACUUCGAGCUGGGCCCGUACAUCUUCCCGGACACGCCGUGGGGCGUGAUGGUGCCGCCGAUCCUGGAGGACGUGCACUCGCCGCUGCCGGGGUGGAUGAUCAUGUCGCACACAAAGGUGGUCAAGUACGUGGACACGCCGCACCACGCGGUACCGCACGGCGCCUAUGCCGUGGAGCUGGUGGCCGGCAGGGAGAGCGCGCUGGUGCAGGAAGUGGGCACCGUGGAAGGCUGGACGUACAGGCUCUCCUUCUUCGUCGGGGACGCGGGCAACGGCUGCACGGGCUCCCUGGCCGUGGAGGUGUACGCGGCGGGGGCGAGCCUGAGAGCGGCCUACGAGUCGGACGGCAAGGGCGGCUCCAAGCCCUUCAAGCUCCAGUUCACGGCCGUCGGGAACUCGACGCGCGUCGUGUUCCAGAGCUCCAACCACCACAUGAAGUCCGACGCCACGCUGUGCGGGCCUGUCGUCGAUAACGUCUCGCUCGUCGGAGUGCGCGUGCCCGCUCCACGCCGGCUGCGUUUGUAGAGCAUGUGUUUUGUGAGACUAUGGCCGGCCGGUGUACGUCUGCACACGUACUGGAUUUGAAUGUCUACGUAGCUCCUCUUGUCUUCUCAGGAGGUGGCUAAAGAUGAAACAGAAGUAAUGCCAAUUGCCAAGUCCACUAAUUUCAUUUA